GGAAUAUCACCCAUUCUAGUUGUAUGAGACUCUGAGUUUCUUCAUCAUGUUGAGUUCUCAAUCUCUUUCAAUAACCAAUGAAUCAAAACAAGAUUCAGAGUACAACAAAAUCUGCGAGGACUACAAGCACAUGUUGAAAACCCUUCCCAAAGGCAAUGGAUGGAGGGUACAACACCUCUACAACUACAAUGGCUUUUGGUUAGACUCUGACACCCUCAAAACAAACAUGAUUCUCAACACCUACUUCAAAACUCAACCCACUGAUAUCUUCCUAGCAUCCUUUAUGAAGACCGGAACCACUUGGCUCAAAGCCCUCAUGUUCUCCAUCAUCAACCGUCAUAGAUAUACCUUCUCUGACCACUAUUUGCACCACCAUGGCCCCCAAAGCACCUUCCCUUUGAUCGACUCUGAAAUCUACCCCGUUAAUGACUUCACUCAUAUAAAUGCCCCUAGACUCUUCGCUACCCACUACGCUCGCGAUAUACUACCUCUAUGCAUGACUUCCUGCAAGUUCGUCUAUAUCUGCAGGGACCCGAAAGAUGUGUUGACUUCCAAAUGGAUAUUCAUGAGCAAGCUUAGAUCAAAAGACUUGACUCCCUUGUUGUUGGGUGAAGCGUUUGAGCUAUUCUGCCAAGGAGUUUCAGAGUACGGCCCAUACUGGGAACAUGUUCUGUCAUAUUGGAGAGCUAGCUUAGAAUCUCCGGACAAGAUUUUGUUCAUGAAGUACGAGGAUAUGAAGAAGCAGCCAAAGGUGGAGUUAAAGAAGUUAGCGGCGUUCUUGGGAAACCCGUUUACCUUAGAGGAGGUGGAGAAAGGGGUGGUGGAGGAGAUUGUGAGGCUGUGUAGCUUUGAGAAUCUUAGCAAACUUGAGGUUAACAAGAAAGGCGUUGAAAGGUUCGGGAAGCUGGUGGAGGUGGAGAAGCGAGACUUCUUUAGAAAAGGAGAGAUCGGUGAUUGGAGAAACUAUUUGAGCAAAGAGAUGAAAGAUCGUAUUGAUGGGAUCUUCGAUGAGAAGUUAAAGGGCUCGGGUUUGGUACUUACUUCAAGAGAUUGAGUGAAGAAGGCCAUCAAUGGUAGAUAGAUACCUAAUAAGGUUACAUCUAGAGGGAAUAAUAAGUACUUUUAAUUAACUUAUAAUGUUAAGUUCACAACCUUAUCAUAUAAAAAGUAUGAAAAGCAUGAAAAAAAAAGUGGUUUGACAUUUUUGUAAUUAUUUGCUCAUAGGGUAAUUAUCAAAAUUACUCUACAAAUGAUCCUAUAGGGUAAUUUUAAUCUUGUAUAAGUUAAUUUUGUAAAAUGUUCUUAUAGGAUAAUUCUGUAACUUGCAGAGUAAGUUUGAUACUCUACAAAAUUACCAUACAAGAUCAAAAUUAUUUUAAAAGAUCAAAAUUAACAUACAAGAUCAUUUGUAGAGUAA